AUCUUGCCCGGCCGCCACCGCCAUCUUGCCCGCCCCGGGCCCGCCCCACGGCCGGUAGCGGCGCAGCUGCGCCAGCGGCAGCCCCAGGGCCUCGUCGGCGAACAGCACCCUCCGCGGGGCCACCGCUGCCUCGACUGAGGCCUGAAGCCAGUCUUGCAGACGGGUUGGAGUGGACAUUGGAUGACAGAACUCUGGGUCAUGCAGGGCACUGGAGAGCCAAGGGCAGGGAGUCUCAGCCACAGCCUGUCAGGAGAAGCCCCUGGGGGCUGGUCUCCCCUGUUGACCAUUGGUUGGAGGGGGUGCCUGCGGAGGUGAGGAAAUGCAGCCGCCAAGUCUUGGACAACCUGAAACCUUCAAGCCCCCAGAAGAAUCUCCAAAUCUCAGAACCUCCCUAUCAUUGCAGCCUAGAAUUUAAAACCUGAGACCGUUGUGCUCAAGGAAACCUGGCGGUUUCAAAGCCCAGCACCAAUGGAACGCAGGGCCCCUAUCCUCCAGCUCUGUGAUAUUGGGCAAGUUGCCCGACUACUUCGUGCCUCCGUUUUCCCCAUCUGUAUAACGGCCAUGACGACAAGAUGGAAAUCCAAGGGCUGUGGUGAGGAUUGAACACGAUAAUUGUGAAAAGUGUUCGGCGGUGCAUCUGGCACAUGGAAAAUCUGAGAAAUUGUCGGCUACGGGGAUGAUGGUGGAUAUUUAGAAUCCUAAAUCCUUGGAAACUGGGACUUUUCGAAGUAGAAAAUCGCAAAGGCUGAGGGCCUCAGAAGCAUCGGGCCAUGGUGUCCCUGACCAUGAGAAGGUUGGGGUCCCAACGAGCCUCUCUAGGCUUUGUGAGGAUGGAUUCAUUAAUACUGGGGCCUGGUUGGGACCUUCCCCUCUGGGUCAGAGCUCUCAGGCCCUAAGAUGUAAUGAGGCAAGACUUUUCUCCCUUUCCUCACUCAGUGAUGUUCAGUGGAUUCUGGGAGCCAAUGAUUCUCAGACUCUUGGAUUCUGUGAAUUGUCGGGGGUAGGGAGGGACUCCCUGAUUUUUUCUCCAUGAAGUAAUUUCCAUGCCUCUCACCCUCUGUGAGAAGAUGGGUUGCAAGAGUAUCCGGAGCUCCCACCCCUGGGCAGUAAGACCGUGAUGACCGUAUCAAUUCCACUUAAGGGGAAACUGAGGCCUGGACCAGAGCAAGGCCUCUGGAAACGCAGCCCUAUUCCAUUUCUUUCCCUGGUGUUUCCCAUCCACAUGUAGCAUCUCAGUUCCUUUCUUCCUUUCCCCAGAGACCCUCAAAUAUCCCCUCACUCACAGAGUGGCAUCUCUCCCUGCCUGGGAUGUCCCUGUGAUUUGAGUUCUUUUCCCUUUUUUUCUAACUCUACACACUUUUGUUUUAAAAACUGUAGUUUCUCAUGAGCCCUGUUAUCUCAUUGAUACCUCUCACCUCUGUAGUGAGGGGAAGAAAUCAUAUUUUCAGAUGACUCGUAAAGGGCAAACAAAAAACCCAAAAUUUCAAAAUUUCCGUUUAAGUCUCAUAAUCAAGAAGAGGAGAAACAGAGCGAGCGAGUGAGAGAGAGAGCGAGAGAGAAAAAACUAUGAGAACCCCCCCCACCCCGUGAUUAUCAGCGUACACACUCAUCGAAAAAAAAAAUUGGAUUAUUAGAAGAGAGAGGUCUGUGGCUUCCACACCGUGGUUUUUCUUCUCGGUAUAAAAGCAAAGUUGUUUUUGAUAUGUGACAGUUUCCCACAAGCCAGGCUGAUCCUUUUCUGUCAGUCCACUUCACCAAGCCUGCCCUCGGACAAGGACCCAAUGCCCAACCCCAGGCCAGCCAAGCCCUUGGCCCCUUCCUUGGUACUCAGCCCAUCCCCAGGAGCCUUGCCCAGCUGGAGGGCUGCACCCAAGGCCUCAGACCAGCUGGGAGCCAAGGGCCCAGGGACAACCUUCCAGGGCCGGGACCUCCGAGGUGGGGCUCACGCCUCCUCUUCCUCCUUGAACCCCAUGCCACCAUCGCAGCUGCAGCUGCCCACAGUGCCCCUCGUCAUGGUGGCACCCUCUGGAGCACGGCUGGGUCCCUCGCCCCACUUGCAGGCACUCCUCCAGGACAGGCCACACUUUGUGCACCAGCUCUCAACGGUGGAUGCCCAUGCCCGGACCCCUGUGCUGCAGGUGCGCCCACUGGACAGCCCAGCUAUGAUCAGCCUCCCGCCACCCACUGCUGCUACGGGGGUCUUCUCCCUCAAGGCCCGGCCCGGCCUGCCACCUGGGAUCAACGUGGCCAGCCUGGAAUGGGUGUCCAGGGAGCCAGCACUGCUCUGCACCUUCCCAAGCCCCGGUGUGCCCAGGAAGGACAGGUCAGUGUGCAGGGCUGGGAAGGACCCUUGCCCUGCCAUCCCCUCCUCUGACACACUUUGUCCCCCCAGCACCCUUUCAACCAUGCCCCAGGGCUCCUACUCACUGCUAGCAAAUGGUGUCUGCAAGUGGCCCGGAUGUGAGAAGGUCUUCGAGGAGCCAGAGGACUUCCUCAAGCACUGCCAGGCAGACCAUCUCCUGGAUGAGAAGGGCAGGGCACAGUGUCUCCUCCAGAGGGAGGUGGUGCAGUCUCUGGAGCAACAGCUGGUGCUGGAGAAGGAGAAGCUGGGUGCUAUGCAAGCCCACCUGGCUGGGAAGAUGGCCCCAACCAAGGCUCCAUCCACGGCAUCAUCCGACAAGGGCUCCUGCUGUAUCGUAGCCACUGGCACCCCGGGCACCACUGUCCCAGCCUGGCCGGGUCCCCAAGAGGCCCCUGAAGGCCUGUUUGCUGUGCGGAGGCACCUCUGGGGCAGCCAUGCAAACAGCACGAUCCCAGAGUUCUUCCACAACAUGGACUACUUCAAGUUUCACAACAUGCGGCCCCCUUUCACCUAUGCCACCCUCAUCCGCUGGGCCAUCCUGGAGGCUCCCGAGAAGCAGCGGACACUCAACGAGAUCUAUCACUGGUUCACACACAUGUUCGCCUUCUUCAGAAACCACCCUGCCACCUGGAAGGUGAGCACCUCCGGAGGUGGCAGUGGCUGGGAGGGCCUCAAAUGCCACUGCGGUGCUGGGUCAAGUUCAGGAAUGGGCGGGCCUGGGACUGGGCUUGUAGGCAUGUUGAGAAAGGGCAGGAGGUCGAUUUUUGGUGGGGACUGCUGGCCUCAGAGGAUGACUGCCUGCCUGCUCCCCUCCCCAACGUCCCCGGCCCGGCUGGCUGGUCCUCCUUCCACAGAACGCCAUCCGCCACAACCUGAGCCUGCAUAAGUGCUUCGUGCGCGUGGAGAGUGAGAAGGGGGCCGUGUGGACCGUGGAUGAGUUUGAGUUCCGCAAGAAGAGGAGCCAGAGGCCCAGCAGGUGUUCCAACCCCACACCCAGCUCCUGACCUCAAAGCCAAGGAAAGAAGGAAGGACAGGGGCCAAAACGGGGGAGUAGAAGUGGCUGGAGGCAGGGGUGACCGGCCCUGAACGUCCCUGCAGGGACCAAGAAGUAAGGUGUGCACCAUCUUGCUGGCCAGGGACCCUGCUCCCCAGCUGACUGCCCUCCUGGAUCACAUGCUCUGCACCAAGGCUGCUCAGAGGGACCUUGGCCCCAACCCCACACCCCCGCCCCAGCCCCCUGCGACCGGCUCUCCAGCCAAACUGAGCCUUCACAACCGACCACACACACAGCCUGCCUCAGUCGCUCUCACAGAUGACCUUAGGGCUGGAAAGGACACAGAGAGUCGCAAUCCUGUCCCUUGGACUCAAUACAAACCCUAAAACACGAAGAGCCUGCCUCAGUACACUCACACCACCUCAAAUCCGCAGUCACACAAACAGUCACACCCGAGCACAGUCCUGUCAACCCACAUGCCCCAAAGCACACACCCGUAGCCAGCUUCCAGGCCCACAGGUGCAGCGUCACACGGGGCAUGCCCAGACACCCGCACAGAAGCAGCCUCGGUACCUUCAGGAUCUCAGGUCCCAGAAAGCCACACAGACACAUGCUGGUCACACACGGUAUCACACAGCUCCCGACACAGACGCUCGGUCGCACAGACUUUCUGAACUCACCUGCAUAUCUCACACACCCACAAAGCACCCCAGUGGGCGUCCUGAGUCCCACGCAGACACCCAGGGCCAUGCACACCGACUCACCAAAUGUACCCAGUGUCUCACCUGCCACCCGCCCCCUCCCCCAUCCUGAGCCCUGUGCCCUGUGCCCCCAUCCAUGCCUCAGCUUAGACUGCAGACAGAGCCCCUCAUUUAUUUGAGAUCCAAGGCCCCAACCCCCAGCACCCUCCGCAAUAAACUGCAGCUGAGCUUCCA